AGACAGCGUAUUUUCCAGUCUGCAGUUAACUAUCAAACAAGAUGGAUCGUUGGAUUAAUAAAGUUGCAGUAAUAACUGGUGUCAGUUCAGGAAUUGGUGAAGCUCUAGUUAAAGAUUUGGUGAAAAAAAAUGUCAACGUUGUGGGAUUGGCAAGAAGAGUUGAUAAAAUGGAAAAAAUUAAAAAUCAUUUAAAAAACGAAAAAGGUGCUUUCUAUCCAAUAAAAUGUGAUGUCACCAAGGAGGAUGAUAUUCUUAAAGUUUUUCAGUGGAUUGAAAAAAAUUUUAAAUCUGUCGAUAUUCUCAUUAAUAAUGCUGGCAUAAUGUUUCCAGAUUUAUGCAUUGAAAAUUCAACGGAAAAUUUGACAAAAGUUAUGGAUGUUAAUUUAAUUGGUCCUACUAUUUUCAUAAGGGAAGCUGUGAGAAUUAUGAGAGCAAAUAACACAGCCGGUCAUAUUAUUAAUAUUAACAGUGUUAUGGGACAAAAUGUUGGAUUCUAUGAAAAUACAUCAGGAGCUAUGUACAGUCCGAGUAAAUUUGCCUUCAAGGCCUUGAGUCAAGUCGUUGAAUUAGAACUUCAACACGUGAAAAGUCCCACAAAAGUCACUACUAUUUUCCCUGGCUUGGUAAAAACGGAAAUGGCACCAGAAGCAGCACUGCAAAUUAUGCCUUACGUUGAUGCUGAAGAUAUUUGCGAUGGCAUUAUUUAUGCUUUAUCCACACCUCCACAUGUUCAGAUCAAAGAAAUUACUAUUACUCCACUUCCUGGUUAUCAACGUAAAUAAAUUUUAAAAUUACUUUCAAUGCUUAUUUUUUUGUAUUUAUAGAUUUAAUGAUAUAAUGGAAAUGAGUCGUCAUAAUCCAUGAUAUGUAUAUAGUCACGAAUAAAGUGAUUUAAGAUCUUAAUUUUAAA